AGACCUUGUGCUCGGUGGGGGGCGGGGGGGGCAGGGGCGGUCUCUGGGAAAAUGGCUGCCAACAGGAACGUGGUGGGGUGUGGGUGUUGUGUCUGUAUCUCACCUUGACUGAACUCACUGAGUUAACUAACCGUUUCCCCAUCCCUCCCCAAAGUCAUGGACAUCACGGACUUAAUCGGAGGUCGAAACGACGAUGAGGAGAAGCAGCACUUUAUUCCAGUCCAGCCGAUCGCCAUGGAGACGUACGUCCGGCAGCGCCAGCUCAUCAUGUCGCCCCUACUGACGUCCCGCAUCAUUGGCGAGAACGAAGCGCUCACCUCUGUCUUCAACAAGGUCAUCGCUGCCAAGGAGGUCAACCACAAGGGUCAAGGACUGUGGGUCUCGAUGAAGCUCCUCGCGGGGGACACCCAGCAAGUCCAGAAAAACUUCCCACACCUGGUGGACAGGUCCAUCGCUGUGGCUCGGAAGAUGGGGUUCCCGGAGAUCAUCCUGCCUGGUAAAGUGGGGGCCCGU